ACUCUGACGUGGUUGUGUCGACGAAUUUUCGUAGUAUUUUUUUUUAUUUAUUAUAUGCGAUAACUAAAAGUCCAGUGUGGAGUUAUUCGAAAUAAUAUUUAGUUUUUGUGAAUAAUAUGUUAUUUGUAAAAAAGGGUACAUUGAGUUUUUAUAAUUUGAAUAAUAUUCUAAAGAAAGGUGUAAGGGAUGUUCGAAAAUCUUGGACGAAAAGCUACCUUAAAAAUGUUAUGGAUGCAUUGCAUUAAAUUAACCAUAAGAUAAGUUAUAAAAUGGCAACAUUGGUUACAAUGAGCAGCACUACUUCACCAAAGUCCUCUCUUGCCAAACUUGUACUGUAUCCGAAACAGAAACCUUUCAAAGUCAUGGUACUGGGUCAGUCCGGUGUUGGGAAAUCAGCGCUCGUGGUGCGGUUCAUUACGAGGCGUUUUAUUGGAGAAUACGAUCCCAAUUUAGAAAAGAUCUACGCCUUUCAAACUGUUAUCGACAACGAAAUGGUUUAUUUCGAAAUACUGGACUCAGCUGGUGAUCCUCAUGAAAGCGAAUACGCGAACUUGGAGAGCAACAUUCGUUGGGCGGAGGCUUUCAUUUUGAUGUACUCAGUAACGGACAAAUGCUCCUUCGACGAAUGUCAUCGCCUCAAAUUCCUCAUUAAUUAUAACAAGAGACGACGCAGACUAUCAGCUACGAAGGAUAGUGUGUUGGAGACACCAGUAGUUCUGGUGGGGAAUAAGACGGACCAGAUCGGAGACCGCAUGGUGACCACCGAGGAGGGCCAGAGACGCAGCAAGGAGAUAGGCUGUGUAUGUUUUCACGAGAUCUCAGUCAGAGAGAGCAUCGACCAGGUGUGGGGUGUGUUCCGGGACGCGCGUCGCUUCUGGCGCGUAGGCAGCAAGUGGACGCGCGGCCGCGGGGAUGCACGCGUUUCAGCAGCGCUUGCACGCCCGCUGGCGCGCGCUGCAUCCGACUCGGCCCCUGAACCACCAACUGCACCAUUCUGCCGUCGUUGGACCGAAGUAGAAUUAGAAGAAGAGGACGAGAUGGGCGUGGUGCGAAGUGACUCCACAUCAUCAUCAGGUUUGUCAGAGUGUGCGGAGGAAUUCCGUGCUCGGGCUAGCACCGACUCGCGGCUGCCCCCACGACCAGCGCGACCUCGACACCCCGUACCCACCAGACCCAUGCCGCCGUCGGUACGACGAAUGAGCGUGUCCAUGAAGGGAAACAAUGCUAGUACAUAUUAAGACUACUUAGAUUAUGAAAGUGGAAAUUGUGUUACGAGUAGAAAGACAUGAGUUUUAGGUUCGCGCCAAGAUUUGAUUACCGGCAAUAGCUACCGGCAACUACCUUUUAAUUGUUUUGUGUAAUAUAAAAAAAAUCGGUCUACUAUCGGAUACUAAUAUAUUAAUGUGCGUUGAAUUCAAGAUUCAAAAUGUAUGUGUACGUAUAACAUCAGAAAAACUUAGGUAUUCAAAUUUACACAUAUUCCAUACAUCUUAUAUAAUGUAGCUUCUACCUCUUGUUAAUACUUCUAUACUAUAAGCUAUAGUUUAUCUUUUGUUG